AUGACACAGUUUGCAAGAGCAGUUCGUGGCAGCCCUCCUAGAGGAAGCCCUUGUCCCAAGUCGGGAGGAAAAGAAACCGUGUUUGAACCCCUGGGCGAGGACCGCCGCUUCGGAGACCGGGAGUCGGAGGCGUCAGGAGAGGGGAGCGCGACCCCUCGGCGCCGAGCCCGGGGCGCCCCCGCCUCCCCCGGGCCAGCGGUCAGCAGCCCGAGCCCGAGCCCCCGGCCAGCCCCGGCCAGCCCCGUCCGCGGGGAGCGCCCUCUUCGCUGUGCCCUCGGCGAGCAGCCGCCCGGCCGCCUCCGGAUCCCAGAAGCGGCGGCCGAUCAGCUGAGACCGGCCGGCCCGAGGCUCCCCGCGCCGCUCCGGCCCCCCGGAACGCGGGCCCCGGCCCCGGGGGGCGGAGAGGGCGGGAGCGGCGCGGCGCGCCGGGCUGGGGGCCCGGACUCCCCUCGCGUCUCCCCCUCAGCCCGGGCUCCGCGCUGCGGGACGAGCCCCCGGCUACUCCCCAGUCGCAGAGGAGGGAUUCCGGGGGAUGGGCCCCCUGGCGUUGCCCCUCCUCCCGGAGCGCCCCCUGCCCAGGAUAGACGGAGCGGCGACAGGCCCAGCCGCUGGGAAGGUGCUCUGCGAGCCGCAGCCGCCGCCGCCGCCGCCGCUGCCGCCGGGGAGGGGUGUUGUUUCCCUCACACAGGAGGAGCCGCUGAAGCAGCCGCCGCCAUUUUGAACCCGUCAGACUCUCACAUACACACAGCUCUCCGCGGUGCACUGCGCAGGCGCCGCCCCCCCACCCCUCCUCCGGCUCGCCUCCGCCCACCCCCCCUUCAAGCCUCCCUUCGUUUCUUACCGCUCUCUCGAGCGCACGUGAACGCGCACGCGUCACUCCCCUCUAACGCGGACACUCCGCGGCGCGCGCACGCGCGGAUGCGUCGGCCUCGAAUCGCCCGCGCCCGGCGACGCCGACGCGGCUCCCCGCCCCCCUUCGCGUCAGCCUGCCCGCCCUCCCGCCGGCCCACCGCCCCCGCUCCCCACAGGGCCUUCUUCCUGGGCUCGGGCCCGACCCGCUGCUCGCGCCUGCGCGCAGACCAGGAUCCUCCUCCGCGCGCCCUCCCCUCCCACACGCCCUCGCACGAACACACACACACUUUGCCUCUGCCGGGUGGCCUGGGCCAGAGCAGCCGUUGCCCGCCUGAAAGCCGGGUCUCCCGGGGUCAGGCUGCUGGGCCGGGCCGGUCCGAGCUCGGCGCCGUGUUCGGGCCUGCCCAGGGCGAGGGGGCGCCCCGGCGAGGGGGCGCCCCUUCCCCCGGUUGCCCUCCCCUCGCCCUCCGGCCGCUGGGCCGAGGGCGGCCUGCCCGCCAUCCCCGGGCAGGCCCCAGCGCCCCCCCGCCGCGGGGCCCGUUCGCCCACGGCUCGGGGGGCUCCUCGGUGCAGCGGCUCGGCCCCGCCUCACCCACUCCUCGCCGCUCCGAAGGGGCAGGAAACGGGAGUAGCAUGUCUGUCCUGGGCUCGGCUCCCCCGGGGGAGCUCCGGGCGCUUGACAAGGGCGUCCACAGGUACCAGGCGCGGGAGUGGUCUCCGCGACGGCCCGGGGGCGGCGGCGGCCGGCGCGCCCACUGCGGGCCCGAGGCGCCUGGGGAGGUUGGCCCCGCAAGCCCCCGCUCCUCGGCCACGCUCAGGUUUCCGCAGCGCCGGUGCCCCCGGCGCCCCGGGUGGGACGUGACCCCGCCCCCGGCGAGUCGGGGCGCCCUCCACGGAGGGGUGCGCGGAUCGCCCCUCGUCCCUGGGCCGACCCCGCCGCCCCGGGCCACGGCGGGCGCGGGAGGCCCGGCUGGGAAGAUGUCUCCUCUCGGUGCGCGCAGCUUCGCGCGAGGGUCAGCGACGGGGCAGCGGCCGCCCGAGCCGCGCCUGCCCUGCCCACGAACGGGCUCCCGCGGCUCGACAGCUGCCCGACGGGCUAGCAGGCUGGGGACGUCGACGGAGCUCGGCCAGAGGAAGACCAAUGGGGAAAGACAAUUGAAAUAAAGAUCGCUUCUGUUUCUAUCACAGCUCUGGGUUUGAACUCUGGGCAUCCUUGGGAGUCAAGCUAAUGCGCCUGGUAGUAUUGUACUCAUUUUAAAGAUAGACAACCGAAGUACAGAAAGGUUAAACAGCUUGCCUAAUUACUCGAACAGAGAGGAGUCCAGCGGUCUUCGAGAGCUGACUGCAACAUCUCCCAACAACAAAACCAGGUUCGUUAGUGCACUUGUGGUGAUGAGCCCCGUGGGAUGUGUGAAACCCCACAAUCCCUGUGCCAUACUCCUGAAACUAAUCUACACCGUAUGUUAACUAGAAU